AUGCCUCUCUUCCUCUCACUUCUUCUCAUUUUAUGGUUUCCUUCAACCAAUGCUGAUUGGCCACCUUCUCUUGGCUACUGGCCAAGUUCUAAAUUCAGGCCUAUGAGCUUUUAUAGCGGCUUUAGAAACCUUUGGGGUCCCAACCAUCAAAGCGUAGACCAAAGUUCAUUGACAAUAUGGCUUGAUAGAACCUCAGAAAGUGGAUUCAAAUCUAUCCGGCCUUUUCAUUCGGGUUAUUUUGGUGCCUCCAUUAAGCUUCAAUUUGGUUACACUGCAGGGGUCAUAACAGAUUUUUAUCUAUCAAACAAUGAAGUUCAUCCAGGAUUCCAUGAUGAAGUGGAUAUGGAGUUCCUUGGGACUACAUUUGGUAAACCUUACACUUUGCAAACCAAUGUGUACAUAAGAGGGAAUGGGGAUGGAAAAAUCAUUGGAAGGGAGAUGAAGUUUCAUCUUUGGUUUGAUCCUACGAUAGACUUUCAUUACUAUACCAUUCUUUGGAGUCUUAAGGAGAUAGUGUGA